GAGAGAUACAGAGAGAGCCCCAGGAACAGUCCAGAAAAAAUUAAUCUUCUUUUCUUAGAACUGUUUUGAUUGGCAUCAUCGGGCCUGGGAGCACAGUGAAUAUCAGCAUCUAAGAUUCCACUUUUCAAAAUGAAGGGCCUGAUCCUGUUCCUGUCCCUAGUGAAAAUGAGCCUCUCCGUGCCGGCAUUUCCUCAACAACCUGGGACUCAAGGCAUGGCACCUCCUGGCAUGGCUAGUUUGAGCCUUGAGACAAUGAGACAACUGGGAAGCUUGCAGGGACUCAACGCACUUUCUCAGUAUUCUAGACUUGGCUUUGGAAAAGCACUUAAUAGUUUAUGGUUGCACGGACUCCUCCCACCGCAUAACUCUUUCCCAUGGAUAGGACCAAGGGAACAUGAAACCCAGCAGCCAUCCUUGCAGCCUCACCAGCCAGGACUGAAACCCUUCCUCCAGCCCACUGCUGCAACCGGUGUCCAGGCCACACCCCAGAAGCCAGGGCCUCAGCCUCCAAUGCACCCUGGACAGCUGCCCUUGCAGGAAGGAGAGCUGAUAGCACCAGAUGAGCCGCAGGUGGCACCAUCAGAGAACCCACCAACAACUGAGGUACCAAUAAUGGAUUUUGCUGAUCCACAAUUUCCAACUGUGUUCCAGAUCGCCCGGUCCAUAUCUCGGGGACCAAUGGCACACAACAAAGCAUCCGCUUUUUACCCAGGAAUGUUUUACAUGUCUUAUGGAGCAAACCAAUUGAAUGCUCCUGCCAGAAUUGGCUUCAUGAGUUCAGAAGAAAUGCCUGGAGGAAGAGGAACUCCCAUGGCCUAUGGAACUCUGUUCCCAGGAUUUGGAGGCUUCAGGCAAACCCUUAGGAGACUGAAUCAGAAUUCACCCAAGGGAGGAGACUUUACUGUGGAAGUAGAUUCCCCAGUGUCUGUUACCAAAGGCCCUGAAAAGGGAGAAGGUCCAGAAGGCUCUCCACUGCAAGAGGCCAACCCAGGCAAACGGGAAAACCCCGCUCUCCUUUCACAAAUGGCACCUGGGGCCCAUGCAGGACUUCUUGCUUUCCCCAAUGACCACAUCCCCAGUAUGGCAAGGGGUCCUGCAGGGCAAAGACUCCUUGGAGUCACCCCUGCAGCUGCAGACCCACUGAUCACCCCUGAAUUAGCAGACGUUUAUGAAACCUAUGGUGCUGAUGUUACCACACCCCUGGGUGAUGGAGAAGCAACCAUGGAUAUCACCAUGUCCCCAGACACUCAGCAGCCACUGAUGCCUGGAAACAAAGUGCACCAACCCCAGGUGCACCACGCAUGGCGCUUCCAAGAGCCCUGACAGCCUUGACAUAGCAGCUACUUUGUGUAUGCACAAGCUUUCCAGCUUUGUCCCCGUAGUCCCUUGUUGCUAAUAUACUCACUACCCUUCCGCAGCGAAGAUGUGAAGAGCACUAAGCAUAUAUUAAUAAAUACAAGUGGCUAGAAAUAGUGUAGGUCCCUUCUUGCUUCCAUUCUUAUCGAAAUAAAAUGUAUCAACUGUCUCCAUGACUUAGAAAUACUAUCAAUGAUAUCAGAGCAAGUCUAAGUGGUCUAGCAUGUAGCUGUCUUAGGCGUUAUAAAAUUUCUCUUACUACAUGACAUUAUUGCCCAGGAAAUGUGACAUUGCUUCUUCCUCUACACAAAAGCACUUAGUUUCAGAAUUCCAAAGUAUUUCAUUUAAACCUUAUUAAAUGGUGAUUGGUGGGAGAACCCUGACUGCUAUUACUGGUUUCAUAUAUUGGAUUUAAAAUUCUUAUUUAUAGAAUAUUUUAUUUAAUCUAGGAAAAGAAAAGGCAAUUGGCCUGUUUUAAAUAAAGAAUUUUUCUCACUG